GCUUGUGUCUGCGACUCUUCAGCGACCAUGACGUACCUUGCCCUCCUGCUGGUGGCCGCCUGCGUCCUGUCUUCAGGACUGCUCCAUCGCAGGGUCUUCACUGAGGCCAAAGCUGUUACCAACCUCAAUGAACUCGCAGAUGCGUUUCUACUGUCCAUUAGGACAGACCCGUCAGCUUACAGCCUUGAUCCUUACAGUAUCAACGAUAUUGAGGACGAAUUUGAAGUGGAAUCCAUCACGUACGAGCUGUACUUUAAGAACGGCACAGUUAACGGCGUGAGCAACGUCAGCAGAGUGGGUGACGUCACGACCUCCUACAACAGCACGACCAAGAUGGACAACGUCAGCGUGGGACUCGAGUUCAGUCAGAUAAAUUACACCGGGAACUACCUGGUCACCGGACCGCUCAUAAACGACGGGGGAGGCCUGAACGUCGUCAUCACGUCUCUGUACGCCGAGCUCAUCUUCCUGGCAAACCUCACCGACACCUCUGCGGUUACGUUCAUCGUCGAAAACAUCACACUCAGCACCGACGGGACUUUCAAGGUGCACGCCGAAAAUAACAACGCCAUCGGCGAGAUGGUCAACAGUGGAAUGGCGACGGUGAUGCUGCAACUUUUCAAGAGCAAAAUCCUCGCCAUGAUGGAGAGCGACAUGGUCGAGCUCUUGAACAACACCUUGAAGAAAAUGACCUUCAGCCUGUGAGCUCAGCUCCCUGGUGCUGUAAACACUCUGAUGUGUCUCGGGGAGUCUGUGGAGCGUGGCUGACAAAAAAUAAAUGAUCAGCAAUUUUGGC